AUGGGGUUUGUGUUUCCCGGAUGGCCUCAUUCUUACUGUUAUUAUCACCUCAAACAGAAUUUGAUAUCAAAGUACCCAAAGUCAGGUUAUGGGAAACUGCUCCAAGACCGUGUUAUCAAUUUAUUUAGUAGAUGCGCAUAUGCUGUUACGGAGGAAGAGUUUAAGGUAGCAAUGGAGGAGUUGGUGAUUGUUGGGAGUUUGAAAGUGAAGGCAUUUAUAUCUGAUUUGUCUAGAGAUCACUAUGCCAACGCAUUUUUCAAAGGAAUGCGUUAUGGGGAGAUGACAAACAGUUUAGCGGAGUCCUUUAAUAAUUGGGUUGGUGUGUUUCGAGAUUUGCCGGUGCUACCUUUGAUAGAAGGGAUUCGACAGAAAUUGAUGGUAUUGAAUUCUCAACGACGAUUUGAAGCGGAGAAGUGGACAACAGUUUUGUGUCCGGAGAUGGAAACUAGACUCUGUGAAAAUGCGGAGGCCGGUAGGACUUGGGCAGUUCGUCGUUCUAAUUGCACUGUUUUUGAAGUAUUUACUGAUUAUUCUGUGAUGGUUGAUCUCGAGCAAAGGACUUGUUCUUGCCGUCUUUGGCAAAUUGACGAUAUUGGGAAAGGAUUGGGCAGCAAUGGUUCUGCAGCUGGAGUUGUGCUUCCGCCAAUUACAAAGAGCCCAGCCGGAAGACCACCAACAAAGAGGAUCAAAGUUUUUGGUGAAUUUAAAAGGCCAUUGAAAUGCAGUCGGUUCAGUGUUGCUGGGCACAAUAGGAAGACUUGCAAGGCUAUUAUAUGA